CCAAUAGCGUCAGCCCUGCUAGGCAGACAAGUCAACGGCUUCCAGCGCAACAGCAACAAAAGUGAAAUCGCUGAUAAGACGAUAAUCUUUUGCCCAUCCCUGAAUGAAUGAGAGCCUGUGUACCAAAUCUUACUGAAGCCUAAACCAAAUUGGCGCCCUCGCAAUUGUAGAGAAACUUGUAGUAACCACAAAUCGGAACAGGCACCUCGGGUGAAACAAACGAUUAAAGCGUGCUUCGACGAGCAUGACACCUUAAAUACCAUUGAAGACGCAAACGCUGAAACAGACGCAGCCGCAGCAAUAAAAGAGAAAUCGCACACACUGACAAGCACAGCCACAGCCAUUGACAACGCAUCGGUUGAGCCAGCUUGAAUCGACAGCCAGCAACAUGACGCCGGCGGUAACUGGCAGCACAACAUGUACCAAGACUACAGGCCCAGCGGUCAGUCAGCGGCGCAAGCACAGCGGACGUGAGCAACUGCAGCAAAUAAUUGCCGGUGGCUUAUCAGCAGCUAUUACGCGCUCCACCUGUCAGCCGCUGGAUGUACUCAAAAUACGUUUUCAACUACAAGUGGAGCCGUUCAAGGCGGCUGCUCCACCUAUACAGUCAUCCUCCAAGACUGACCUCCCAUUGCAUUCCUCCAAAUACACAUCCAUCACUCAAGCUGUGCGCACCAUUUACCGGGAGGAGGGCCUGUUGGCCUUCUGGAAGGGUCACAAUCCCGCUCAGGUGCUGAGCAUUAUGUAUGGCAUCUGCCAGUUCUGGACUUACGAGCAGCUAAGCCUUCUGGCGAAACAAACCAAUUACCUCAAGGAUCAUCAGCAUCUUUCAAACUUCAUGUGCGGCGCUUCGGCUGGAGCGGCGGCAGUUAUCAUUUCCACACCGUUAGAUGUUAUACGAACACGUCUUAUUGCCCAGGACACUAGCAAGGGAUAUCGCAAUGCAACACGGGCCGUCACUGCCAUUGUGCGUCAGGAGGGAAUCCGUGGCAUGUAUCGGGGCUUGUCUUCGGCCCUCUUACAAAUCGCCCCUUUGAUGGGAACCAACUUCAUGGCCUAUCGUUUGUUCAGCGAGUCGGCAUGCAAAUUUUUCGAAGUGGACGAUCGUACCAAGCUGCCUACUUGGACUCUCUUGAUGCUGGGUGCUUCCUCGGGCAUGCUAUCGAAAACAAUUGUGUAUCCCUUUGACUUGGUCAAAAAACGUCUGCAAAUCCAGGGAUUUGAGCAAAAUCGACAGACGUUCGGACACACACUAAAAUGUAAUGGGGUUUGGGAUUGUCUUCAACUAACGGUGCGACAGGAGGGUGUAAGGGGUCUCUACAAGGGCGUUGCUCCCACGCUCCUCAAAUCCAGCAUGACGACGGCGUUGUACUUUAGUAUUUACGACAAACUAAAACAGGUGCACUUCUGGUAGGUGCGAACUAGCAAUCUUAUUCAAUAUAGAAAUUAAGUAGUGAAAAAGUUCACAGCACAGAAUCUAUUUUUUAUAUGCUAUUUACAAAUAAUGCUGUAAAUGAUAUUAA